AAAAAUACAUAUAUACUACAUUUAAUUGAUCAAAAAAUGGCCAAAACAUACGGACAGACAGAUAUCAAGGAAUCGGCAUUGGAUUUGAUUGGCAAUACACCACUCGUAGCACUGGACAGGAUAUGGUCGGGACCGGGACGUAUACUCGCCAAAUGCGAGUUUUUUAAUCCAGGAGCCAGUGUUAAGGAUAGGUCGUCACUAUCGAUGGUACAGAAAGCGCUCAAAUCGGGAAAACUAAAACCCGGACAUCCGAUUGUUGAGGUGACCAGCGGUAAUCAGGGUUGCGGUCUGGCACUGGUAGCUGCCGUUUUAGGUCAUCCCAUUACACUGACAAUGUCGGCCGGCAAUAGUCCCCAAAGAGCAACAAUGAUGCGCGCAAUGGGAGCUAAUGUUGUGUUGGCGCCACAGGUUGAGGGCACUCCCGGUAAUGUAACACUGGCCGAUGUUACUGAGGCCGAAAAUUUGGGACUGAAAAUUGUUGAAGAAACCGGUGCCUACUAUGUCGAUCAGUUCAACAAUGACAACAAUUGUAAGGCACAUGAAGAGACAACCGGACCAGAGAUAUGGCGACAAACUGGUGGACACAUCGACGCAUUUUUGGCUACUGUAGGAACAGCGGGAACUUUUGCCGGUGUUUCACGAUAUCUGAAACAACAAAAUAAAGACAUUCUAUGUGUGGCUGUCGAGCCGGCCGGUGCUGAAGUUAUUAAAGGAGAUGCAGUUACCAAACCGUUACAUUUACUGCAAGGAUCGGGAUAUGGUAAGGUUCCCCGAUUAUUCAAGUUUGACACUCUGGACACUACUAUCGGUGUUACUGAUGAGGAAGCAGUUGAAUACAAGAAACUUUUGGCACAGCGAGAAGGCCUUUAUUUGGGCUAUACAUCCGGCGCUAAUGUUGCCGCUGCUGUCAAAUUGCUAGAGUCGGGCAAAUUGCCAAAAGACGCCUGGGUGGUCACUGUCCUCAACGAUACGGGACUUAAAUAUCCAGAUAAUUAAUAUUUUGAAAUUUAAUGAAUAUUUUUAUCGAUAUUUUUUAAAAAUAACUUUGUUUUAAUUUACAUAUAAAUAAAGUUUAUUGGAUUAAAUAAAAUGAAA